CGGCAGGGAGGGGCUCUUUACCGGGUCCGGCAUCUGAAGCUCCGAGCUCGGGUUACCCCUGCAGCGACGCCCCCUGGUCCCACCGAUACCACUGCUGCUCCCGCCCCUUCGUCCUCGGCCGCGCAAUGGGCACCCGCGACGACGAGUACGACUACCUCUUCAAAGUUGUCCUUAUUGGAGAUUCUGGUGUUGGGAAGAGUAAUCUCUUGUCUCGAUUCACUCGAAAUGAGUUUAAUCUGGAAAGCAAGAGCACCAUUGGUGUCGAGUUUGCAACAAGAAGCAUCCAGGUUGAUGGGAAAACAAUAAAGGCACAGAUAUGGGACACAGCAGGGCAAGAGCGAUAUCGAGCUAUAACGUCAGCAUACUAUCGUGGAGCUGUAGGUGCCUUAUUGGUUUAUGACAUUGCUAAACAUCUCACAUAUGAAAAUGUUGAGCGAUGGCUGAAAGAACUGAGAGAUCAUGCUGAUAGUAACAUUGUUAUCAUGCUUGUGGGCAAUAAGAGUGACUUACGUCAUCUCAGGGCAGUCCCUACAGAUGAAGCAAGAGCUUUUGCAGAAAAGAAUGGUUUGUCAUUCAUUGAGACAUCUGCCCUAGACUCUACAAAUGUCGAAGCUGCUUUUCAGACAAUCCUGACAGAGAUCUACCGCAUCGUUUCUCAGAAGCAAAUGUCAGACAGACGUGAAAAUGACAUGUCUCCAAGCAACAAUGUGGUUCCUAUUCAUGUUCCACCAACCACUGAAAACAAGCCAAAGGUGCAGUGCUGUCAGAACAUAUAAGGCGUUUCUCUUCUCCCCUAGAAGGCUGUGUAUAGUCCAUUUCCCAGGUCUGAGAUUUAAAUAUAUUUGUAAUUCUUGUGGUCACCUUUGUGUUUUAUUAUUUCCUCAUAUUUGCAAAUUUUUCCAUGUCUUAAGUCUUUUGAUUUCAGCUUUAUAAAAUCAUCUACUUGUCCCAAAUGACUGCAGCUUUCUUUCAUGCUAUGGCCUCACUAGCCUUAGUUUAAUAAACUGAAUGUUUGGAUUCCUCAA